CUGUACGCGCAUUUCUUAUUGAAAGUUGUCUUUCAUUUUGAAUAAUAAAACCGUUUACAAGCGCUAACCAUUAAUGGCUGAACUAAUGACUGAGAAUGUACAGUCGUACGACAUUGCUAGCUGUUCAGCUUAGAGUAGAUCUCAACUACAUUAAUACAACAGAGGAUUGAAAUGCAGUUGAUUCUGCUGCAGAACAGGGAGGGGGAAAAUGGGGAAAACACAGAGAUACAGGGGAGUGAGACAACGCCACUGGGGCUCCUGGGUUUCAGAGAUUCGUCAUCCAAUCCUGAAGAAGAGGGUAUGGCUUGGAACAUAUGAAACUGCAGAAGAAGCAGCAAGGGCAUACAAUGAGGCUGCUGCAAUAAUGUGUGGGAAUUAUAAUGUGAAUGCUAAUUGUAAUUCAGGGCAAAGAACAGUUUUAUCUGCAGCAAUGAUUGAGAAGCUCCACAGUUUCAACGUGGCCUCCUUGAAUGAGAAUGUCAUGCAAUAUGGUAGUGCUAAUAACAACAGAGGAGAUUCUUGCUAUUCAUUGAUCUGUUUGAAAAUUGACACUGAGAAAUCUAAUCAGUUGGGCAUUUGGCAAAAGAAAACAGAUGGGGUAAAAGGAGACGCAUCCAAAUGGGUUAUGAAAGUGAAAAUGCCUGCAGUGAAAGUGGAUGAGAAGGAGGAGGAUGUUAUUUCAGAGAUGAUUGAGGAACUUCUUCAACCCUGCAACACUCCUCAAAACUAUGUCAUAGCAUAACAUAGAAUUUCAAUUAGGGGUCCAAAGGUAUGGGAUUAUUGUUAUUCUUUUUUUGAUCUGGAAAGGCAAAAAUGAAGUGUAAAUUACAGUACUGUGGGUAGAUAGUUUCUUUCUUUUAUAGGGAGUUGCAGGAGAGACAGAGAUUAUGAGUUCUCAUAGCAUAACACAGAAUUGUAAUAAGGGCUGCAAACAUAUAGGAGUAUUGGUGGGCUGGGGGCUUAGUUCCAUUAGUGAUAGCUUUUUUGUGGUAAAGUGCAAGAUCACGAAGUCUAGUCUCUCUUCAGUUUAUAUGAUAUUAAAAGAUGUGUUGGGACAGACAGUUUAUAGGAGGCUACUCGAUUUCUGCAAUCUAAAAAAAUAACUAAUAGUAUUCUUUAUUUGAUCUGACAAGACAAAUAUGAAGUGUAAAUUACAGUACUCUGUGUCUGGAAAUAUAUUACAUAUGCGGUAAUGGAAAUGUGCCUGAUGUAACCAUACAUAGCAGAUAGCUCUUUAUAGUUCCACAAUGUAUCCACACAAUUAUUUAUGUCAAUACAAAAUAUUAUUAUUAGUCUCUA